GGUCCCGGUCCCCGUCCCCCACCCACAUUUGUAAAAUGAAAAACAAUUAGCGCCCCCACUUCCCGCCCACCGCUAAUAAAUUUCCUUCCUUCCCCUGCUUCAAAAGUCGGUUUGUCUUCGUAAUUUUUUCUUCUCUCUCUAAAUUAUAUAAAGUCUCCUCAUUUUUCAUCUUUCUCUCUUCUCCAAGCAAAACCCAACCAUCUUCACUGCUUAUAUUUAACUUCAAAAUUUGUUUCAGAGAUGAAUCGUUACUAAAUUUCUCCUCGUAUACAUGCACUCUGUUAUUCGUUUCGUACCCAAAUUGAGGACUAUUCCUUGUUCCAAUUGAUUCUUUUUGUUCUUUUGAUUGUAAAUUUUAGGUUUUGUUGUUGUUGUUGUUGUUGCUGUUUAAAUUUGUAUUGCUAUUAUGGCUAUCGGAAACCAAUACAACCAUUUAGAAAAAGAUUUGUACAAAGCUCCCUCGGUUUUUUCUUCCGGUUCAACUUCUUUAGACACUGCAAACGAUAAGGAAUCGGUUGUUUCCGAUUGCGAAAGCGGUGUUUCUGGUCCUUGUUUUGAUCAACCUUCGUUGUGUAACAAUGGAUUGAUUCAGUUAUGUUCUGGGGAUAAAGCGCAUGAUCUUAUCACGAGAAGGUUCCUUUCUAAUUUGGGUUCUAUGGCGGUUCAUAUCAAGGAUUUGACGAUCCAAAAAAAUUGCUUUGCUGGUGUUACUUGGCAAGCGAGGCUUCAAUCUUUCCAGAUUUUCAUUAAAGCAAUGGAGAAAAAAUGCGGCGGCGGUGGCGACGCUAAUGUUAAGUACGCUUGGUGUGCUGCUACUAGAGACGAGAUUUGCAAGAUCGUUAAGCAUGGUUUUGGGCAUUGUGGAUUGCCGAAAAACAGCGGGUUAUACGGUCAUGGAAUCUAUCUUUCCCCUGAUGAUUCUCCCAUGGAGAGUGUGAAGAAUGCCGUGGCUGAUAAAAAUGGAGUCCGGUAUUUGAUGCUCUGUCGCGUAAUAUUAGGGAAGGCAGAGCUGGUGCAACCUGGUUCGAAGCAAUGUCAUCCGAGUUCCGACGAGUUUGAUUCCGGCGUCGAUGAUUUAUCGUCGCCGAAGAAAUACGUCGUGUGGAGUACGCAUUUGAACACUCAUAUAUUGCCGGAGUUCAUCGUGAGUUUCAGAGCUACGUCGUCAUUGAAAGGGUUUCUUGGGAUGCAAGAUAGGCUGAAGAUGCCAACUUCGCCAUGGAUAUCGUUUCCAGCUCUUAUAUCAGCACUUUCUAAAUACCUACCUCCAACUGCCAUUAACUUAAUCUCCAAGUAUUAUAAAGAUCACAAGGAUAAGAAAAUAUCAAGGCAUGAACUCAUACAAUUUGUGAGACAGUUUGCUGGGGACAAGUUGUUGAUUGCUGUCAUCAAAUCCUCAAGGACCAAGCAAUACAGGCACGAGUGAGGAAGCAGUGGAUGAGUGUGAAAAGCCAAAGCUUCUUUUUUCUUGUUUAACUUAAAGCCAGUGCUGCUGUGUGUGAUGUUUAACCGCUCUCGUGAAUUUAUAUCUUGUUUUUAGUUGAUUACGGAAGUAAAUAUGUAGACAGCAAAUUUUGCAGUUAGCUUUAAAUUACUGAUUCCACUUCAUGGUUUUUAAUACUUCAGCAUCCACCUCACAAAAACAAAAGAGCUAACAAAUUAAAGGACGACUUGUAUAUUUUGUUAUUUUAGAUGGUUUUUUUAUUUUUGUAUUUUAAUUAUUUCUACAAUUAAUGAACCUAGAUGUUAAUUUUCUUGUACAAUUUUUUACUUCUGUGCUAAUGCGUUUAAGAGUGUUUAAUAUUGGGUCUAAGAAGUAUUUCCAAGCUAAAAGUAUUUUUAGGCAAGUUGCUUUUUGAAAAAAGAAGUGUUUUUUCUAAAUUAAAAAGUGGUCUAAAAGCAAUUAUCUCAAAAGUUAAAAAUUUUAAUUUUUCUCUAAAAAUAUUUUUCUUUUCCAAGUACAGUUUUAGGAAAUAAUGUUAAGCUAAACCUAAAUAUAGAUUUUAAAGUCUUUCCAUAAGUUUUAGCUUAAAUAGUUGGUUUCAUUUGGAAAUUUUUCAAUUUGUUUAAAUUGUAAUAAUUCAAUUUCCCGUAUUGGGACUUUGUGUUGAUUUAAUUAAUUAUUUAUUGAUUAAAAUUUUAAAAUAUAUAAUAUACAUUUAUAGUUUUUAUAAUCUUCAUAUAUUUAAAAUUUUUUGUUAUGUAAUAAUAAAAAGACACUGUAUACAAAAGCACAAAAACAAUGCAAAGUGCUAAGGCUGUCGUAUUUAUAAACCGGUGCGACUUAGUAGAGAUUAACAAGACUUCGCCUCUUGAUUUAUCAUAUAGGGGUAUUGGUCGUUUAGUGCAAGCCAGCAUUCUAGCUUCAAAUAAACAUAAACCAUCCCCAUUUACAAUGUUCCACCAUUAUUAUCAUUAUUGGGUGUACAUAAAGAACGUAUCAUGAUGAGAAAGUUCUGCAUAUGCUAUAGGGAUGCUCAAUAUUAUGGCACAUCGAUAGACUUCACAUCGAGCUUACCCUGGAUACGGAGUCCAGUUUCAAUUCCCUUCAUGGCUAACUUCUUGUUCUUGUACAUCACUGGAGGUUCCACUCGGAAAACCUACAUUCAUCUCCACUGAACCUCCUGACUCCGAUAUUUUUGUGAUCCUCUGUAACUCAUCAAUUGGCUCUGAGGGGUGAACCGUUGAUUGUUCAUCAGCCGAUUGUUCUU